CUUAUUAGGCCCAUGGGCCUUAGCUCAAUAUCUGCAACGUGUCUUAGUGGCACAUAGCCUUCACUUUUCCAUUAGUUUCUACACUUUUGUACAUAAAAAACAUCCUAAGCAAUCUGCUAAUUUCCUUUGUUGUAAUGGCCACUCCAUCUUUGUCUGAGCAAUAUUUACUGAAAGAGAAAGAAGCGAAAUCCACAGUGGCAAAUCCAGUGGAAGAAACUGAGGUUAAGACCUCUUCAACUGCUCCAUCUGAGGAAGAUACUUCCAAAACUGAGGAAACCCCAGCGGUUGAGAGUAGUGAAGUUGCGCCUGCUGCAUCUGAAGAAAGCAGCGGAGCCUCUGACUCAGCAGCACCGGAAAACAAUGAAGCCUCUCCUCCUGUAGAGGCUGCCAGUGAAGAAAGCGCCGAAAGUACUGAAGAUGAGACUUCUGGGAAUGAGAAUCAAGAAUCCGCGGAUGAGACCCCUGAGAUUAAGCUUGAGACGGCGCCUGCUGACUUCCGCUUCCCUACUACGAAUCAGACAAGGCACUGCUUCACAAGAUAUAUUGAAUAUCAUCGAUGCAUAGCUGCAAAAGGUGAAGGCGCUCCUGAAUGUGAUAAGUUUGCCAAGUAUUACCGAUCCCUUUGCCCUGGUGAAUGGAUUGAUAGAUGGAAUGAGCAGAGGGAGAAUGGCACCUUUCCAGGACCACUAUAAACGGCAUAUUUUGGUUCCAACUCUGCUGCAUCUGAACUCUCAAAUAGACAGGAAGUUCUCCGUGAACAAAUUGUGAUCAAUAAAGUUUUGCCUUUCUAAAUGGAAUUAGUGUAAGCUUAUAAUAAGUUUUCUGCUACAAAGAGAAUUGUUCAGGAUCCUUACUUGUGAUAACUUAGAAUACAAAAUAUAUUUACUGGAAUCUUGUACUUGUUAUCAUCCUGUAGAGUCUGCUAAGACACUUGAAGUCGGUUGGAGGAUAAACAUGUCCUGCAAUAAAAGCUGUAUGUUACCAUCA